AUGAAUGGGCUGCAUACUGCACAUGUCAAUGUCUAUCAAAGUUUCAUCAUUGCUGCAACGAAGAUGCACCAUUAUAUCAUGAGCUGGGGUUUAGAUAUUGUGAAGAAUCAAAAAUUCUUGAACAAUGUGAUCAGACAUGUUAUCAGAUAUACCUAUACCGCAAUACGCCACCAGUCGUGCAACAAGGUUGCGCGCGACAGCGGUGGAGUUUGCGAUCUGCAGACAUGUCCUGUGUCAUGGCUAGGGAUGCAUGCGUUCUACACCGUGUUCUCGAAGAAGCCCAAUGUUUACGAUGGUUCGACCCUGCUAACUUCACUCCAAUUCCAAUUGUCUUUGCAUCGUAACAAACUGCUGAAGCGCCGGUUCAAGAAGGUGGUGAAGGAGGGUCUUAAAGGUGUUCCUGCGUUAGAUUUUUGA